AUGUUAGGAAGUCCGUCAAACAACGGCGGCAUCAGAAUGCUGGUGCCUCCGGAUCCGGACGACGACAGGCGGGUAGAGUUUGUGGCUCUCACCGCUGUCCACACGGAGAGAAGCGAACCGUCCAGCCCGGAGCGCGGACACCCGUCUCACCGCACAGGUCUGCUCGGCACCCCACUGCCCGGGCGGCCCGGACCCCGGGGCCACUCUACCGCCGCUUCAAACAAACGCUACAGAAAGUUGCAAAACUGCAUGUACAACGUGCUGGAAAGACCAAGAGGAUGGGCAUUCAUCUACCAUGCCUUCAUUUUUCUGCUGGUGUUCAGCUGCUUGGUGCUUUCUGUGUUCUCCACUAUCCCCGAUCACCAGAAGUUCGCCAACCAAGGCCUCUUCAUCCUGGAGUUCGUGAUGAUCGUGGUGUUUGGGUUGGAGUACUUCGUCAGGGUCUGGGCAGCUGGCUGUUGCUGCAGAUACCGUGGAUGGCAGGGACGGCUGAGAUUUGCCAGGAAGCCUUUCUGUGUCAUAGACUUCAUAGUAUUUGUGGCAUCGUUGGCGGUGAUAGCAGCUGGGACGCAGGGCAACAUCUUCGCCACGUCAGCCCUGCGCAGCAUGCGCUUCCUGCAGAUCUUGCGUAUGGUCCGCAUAGACCGACGGGGAGGCACUUGGAAACUACUGGGCUCAGUGGUUUACGCUCACAGCAAGGAGUUGAUUACAGCUUGGUACAUCGGCUUCCUGGUCCUGAUCUUUGCCUCCUUCCUCGUCUACCUGGCAGAGAAAGACAUCAACUCAGACUUCAACACCUAUGCAGACUCCCUCUGGUGGGGAACAAUUACUCUGACCACUAUUGGCUACGGUGACAAGACCCCUCGCACUUGGCAAGGUCGGCUCCUCGCUGCCGGCUUCGCUCUUCUGGGAGUCUCCUUCUUUGCCCUUCCUGCUGGAAUUCUGGGGUCAGGCUUUGCCUUGAAGGUUCAAGAGCAGCACCGGCAGAAGCACUUUGAGAAGAGGCGGAUGCCUGCUGCCAACCUGAUACAGGCCGCAUGGCGUCUCUACUCUACAGAUGCCAAACACUCGUAUCUGACAGCUACAUGGUACUUCUAUGACAGCAUGUUGCCGUCGUUCAGAGAACUGACGCUACUGUUCAGUCACCUCCAGCGACAGCGUAAGACCAAGAAGGUUCUCCCCAACUCCUACCACACGCUGCUGUCUGGGCUGCGGCCCUACAGCCCCCCCUACCUGUCAGGGGACAGCAGUAAAAUGGGCUUCCGGGAUCGGAUCAGGAUGAACAAUUCCCGAGCAUCCCAAAACAUUAGGAACAAGGCGUCACCGGGCUCCAGUGUCCGCCACUCUCCCAGCCAGGAGAACAUCCCCGAGGCCACCAGCCCGAAGGUCCAGAAGAGUUGGAGCUUUAACGACCGCACGCGCUUUCGCACCUCGCUUCGCCUCAAACCACGUCCACCUGCUGAUGUGGAGGGAGUCGGGGAGGACAAUGUGGAAGACAAACCAUAUUGUGACGUGGCCAUGGAGGAUGUGAUCCCAGCAGUAAAGACACUCAUACGGGCUGUCAGGAUCUUGAAGUUCCUCGUGGCCAAGAGGAAGUUUAAGGAGACGCUGCGUCCGUAUGAUGUGAAGGACGUCAUAGAGCAGUACUCUGCGGGACACCUGGAUAUGCUGGGCCGUAUCAAGAGCCUGCAGAUGCGGGUGGACCAGAUAAUUGGGCGUGGAGCCGUUCAGACAGAUAAGAAAGCGCGCCCUGAAAAAGGAGAGAAAACACCUCCAGAACUGGACCCACUGGAUGAGCUAAGCAUGAUGGGACGUGUAGUCAAGGUGGAGAAACAGGUACAGUCUAUAGAGAACAAGCUGGACCUCCUGCUCAACUUCUACACCCAGCGCCUAAAGAAAGGCUCUUCUCACUUCACCCUGUCCUCCCUCCUGGAUCCCGACCUGACAUCUGACUACCACAGCCCCACGGACCAAAGAGACCUCUUCCCCUCCGCUAACACGCUCAACAUCUCUGAGAGCGGCAACUUGGAAUGACAGUGAGCUGAGCAAGUUCCACCACAUGACACGAAACCCUUUACAGUACGUCUUCCUGCGGCUGAGUCCUCACUUCGAGCAGGCCGACCUUAAUGUCAUCAAUCAUUUCAUACAUGUCCAGGAUGUUUUUAUUUAUUUUCUUCUUAUUUUUUUUACCUUCCAUCUCAAAUCUGCGCCCUCUCCUCUUUUUCCUGAAGUGAAUGUGUUUCCAGAGCGGUAUACACACGGAGGCCACCAGGUGGCUCCACCUGACAAGGAGCCUCAGCCAAAGCUGCUCACCGCACCCACUAGAUGAGGAUGGAGAUGAAGAGAAAGCACAUGAACAACUAUGACUUGAAUACUGAACCACUUUCACCCUCUCACCUCAUACUAUAUAUCAAUGCCUCCUUUAAAGCUUUUAACUGUAGAUAAUCAGACUUUGAAUCUUUUGUAAAUCUUUGGAGAAAUAUUGUCUUUCCUUCCCCCUCCUCAUCAUCAUUUCUUUUUUUCUUGGCUGCUUGAAUUAACUGACUGAGAGUUUGCUGACUCAGUUGACACAAACAGUGCUGCAAGUGCCAUGCCAGUCAUGUGUUCAGUACCAUAAAAGGAGGGCUGUGAUGAAUGUAAUGGGUCGCGUCUACACAUUUCACCAGGCAAACGAUUAAGCACUGAAGAAGCCGUCGAAAACAAAAAUGAUCUACUCCUUUGGACCUGAACGGGCUGACGGCCACCUCGCCAAAGCACCAAACCCUCCGCGGUACAUGUUCCAAACGUUUCACGUGGAAACAGAGCUGGAAGAAUGCGUUGGAGCGACUGAUGUGUAUUGUACAUUGAACAUUGUUUUCAUCUCCAUUCCCUCUCUCGGACGUUAUGUCCCCAACGAGCCCACUUGCAAAAAAACAAAAAAGAACAAGUCAUUAUUCUCCGUUUGGCUUCCUUUCAAGUGAGGAAUGUCUCUAGUAAUUUAGGAUUUAAUAGAGCCAAAAUGUCCUUUUACAGGUCUAAUAUCCCCUCUGUAAUGUUUCAAAGGGGACUGUACCUAGUUAAGUAUUUCAGUAACCUAACUUUGUGUUUUUAACGUUCCCUUUAAACGUCUCUGUCUUGCAGCCCCCCCCCCCCCCUCACCUGCAUGUUACUGUAGAUAAAACCGUCACUGACCCUCAGUCAGAAUUUAGACAUUUAUGUCACAUUUUUCUGCACUGCUCCUCAUCACUCACAUCUAGCCUCAGGUCAGGUUUACCAUUUCAACUGAUCCACCUUUAUUACAGGGGGACGAUUCUCAAUCAGUCAUCAGAUGGCAUGUGGUCUUUGCAGUCAGCAGCUGCGGAGAUGAUACUUUUUCGGCCAGUUUUUCAAACCCUCUAAGGCGUCCGGGUCUAACGCAUGAAUUCCAGGCCAUUAUCCUCAUGAAUGCACGUGUCUUAGGAAAUGGUUCCAGCCUUACAGCAUCACUUCAAACAGACAGGGAGCAGCUUUGGCACCAAUAGGUGUCACUGACUGUCGCUGCCUGUCCACUUUACUCUUCUGUCUUUUCUGGUUCUUUCUUGGAGAUGUUUGAUGCACAGUUAACGCUCUGUGCUUGUGGACAAAACUGGAGAGUGCACAAAUGCACACACAUACAAACACACACACACACACACACACACACACACACACACACACGCAAACACACACAUACAAUGAAAGCAAUUCCUUUACUUAAAUACUUUGGCACUUGAUAAAUAUAACACCUUUUUGUCUUUUUAUCUUUGUGUUUUGAUUUCUCGACUGUAAUUAUGUUCAUGAACUUGAUUUUGUGCAACCCAUAAUGGCAGAAUUUUAAGUAAAAAAAAGAAAAAGAAAUGUUGGUUGUUAAAGUGAAUGUAGGAUUUAAGUUAAUAUAUUUAAUUCAGUUAGAUAUGAUCUUUAAAUAAAUUUUGUUUGUCAAGUUGAAUCAUGGAUGACACAACUGUAGCUAUACACAGCUGAUCAGGUUCACGCUCACCAAUCGCAGAGCUCAUAAUGUAUAUAUUUUUAAACGUCAUCAGAUAAUUGCUGCCAGCUUCAACUAAGAAAACAUUCACCAGACUGUAUUUGGCCAGUGGACACAGUUCUUCUGUCCCUCCUUUUAUUUGUUCCAGACAAACCAGUUGACUCAGGUGCUCCACUUUUCCUUUCAAGCCAGGCCUGUUCUUCGUUGCUCGGUGUGUUUAUAAUCUGAUGCCAUGAGGAAUAAAAUGGCACUUUGACAUAAUACAAUUUUUGCAUUGCUUUCAUAGAGAAAUACCAUGUCGCUUUAUUCUUUGGCCUAAACUAUAGCAAAGACUUAUUAGAGGCAUUGAAAGCGCUGUUACUUCAUUGUCACCUGGAAUUUUAAGCUUUAUGAAAAUUGUGAGAUCACUGUAUUGCAUGUUGUUGUUCGUAGUGGACCCAAUAUUAGAAAAAAAAACUUAAUAAGGAUGUCUCCUGUAAAGUCUUGAGUUAAGACAUACAAGGAAAUGACCUGUGCCUUCUAUGUCCUCGUUCUGUAACUGAUAUGAUCAAACUUAGAUAUUAAUGCUGCAUUGAAGUGUUUCCCACGAGGAUAGCCAUGUUCUUUUUUUGCAAAACCUUGACCUAUUUAAAGAAACACCAUCAAAAUUGUUCUGAAUAUGUACUUUUUAGGGUAUUAGUCUUUUAUGACUGCUGCAACCUUUGAUAUUUUCUAGAUAAUAUUACUGUACGUUUAGCAUAUCAAUCGUAACUCCAGCAGGACCUCCUCGCAUCGACACCCUUACACUAUUUUAACACCAGUCAGAUCUGGAGGCAUGGACAUUCUUAUCGUCACAGGAAACUCUGCAGACAUGCGUCCUUUCAAAAGCAUGUCACAUAGAGAAGUAUGGCUUCCACACAACUACCUCUGAGGCCACUAGGGGGCGCUAGUCUAGGAAACCAAGUACGGGAAACAGUAACUGAUGUCUAACUGACUGAAUGCUAUGCAUGACUUAAUCUGCACGUUCUCUUCUUCAUGACGCCCGACCAUCCAUCAUUCACUGACUUGCUGCCAUUUGACAUUCCAGCUCGCUGCCCUUUAACUGCUCUCUUAGGUGUUGGAACUGUUGUUCAAACUAAACUGAUCAAAGCAAUAAGCAAAAUGCUAAAGCCAACAAAGUCUUCUAAUUCCAAUUGAUGUCGCUACUGGUUGAUGAAAUAUGGCGCUUUUCUUAUUCUCUAAUCUAGUGCACACCUCUAUUUGAUCUUUUAAUAGAGAUACAACAAUGUUUAUCUACUGAGGCAAAGAUUUGGUCACUUGACUAACUUAUUAAUUUAUUUGUUUCAAUAAAGCUCUUUCGACUGUA